AGGGCAUGAAAGGGGGUGCGAAACAGUUCGAGCACACUGUCAUGGCGCUGCAUGCACUCGUUGCUAAACGUUACAAGUUUUUCUAAUCGAGUAUUUUUCGGUUUGAACAAAUUUUCUUAAACAUUUCGUUGAAAGUCGUGAAUCGAAAUUGUCAAAUUUUUUAAGCUGACCCAUAGAUUUCUAAAUUUUGGUCAAAAGUGAGUUUUGUAAAACAAGUCUUAGCUUAUUGGAACUGAGCUAGUGACUGGAGAUUUUGUUGAAUAAUUUUCUAAUUUUUGACGUAAGUGUUAAAGUGGUUAAUCCAAAAAUAAUCAGUGAUAGUUUUGAGAACAAAAAUAGUUUUAUCAGUGUCACUUGUCUCUAAAAUGACGAGCAACUGGAAAUUUUAGCACUGAAAUUAGUCGAAUUUUUCUUAAAACGAGGCAAAAAUUUGACGAAUAACUUUCUAACGGAGAAUAAGAACACUCUUUUUCAAAAAUGUCCUAGCGAAGGUCAAACUGUAAGUAACUUACCCAGUCCAAUCCCUUCACCCAGUCACCUGGAUCCCAAUUCAUUGGUUUGUUAUUUUAUUUAAGUGACAAUGUGCAAAGUACUACACAGGCACAGGUAGAAAAAAAAAGACACGCAGGCGUGAAUCCUAGCUUGGAAGUCCUUAAUCCCAGGGUGAUCCUUGCCCCGCCCGAUCCCUGAGUCUUGUCGAGUUGUUAUUAACCUGGAAAGGCAUUGCAGUUGACUAAAAUAAUUCAUGUUGAAAAGGGGCACAGGUGCAGACAGCUGAAACUGAGCUUCAAAACUUCAAUUCAUCAGGUAAUGUUCGUAUUUGAAAUUCGUGGCGGCUGAACAUUAUUUUACGUUGGCGCCAGCAGAAUAUAUAGACGAGACGGACAGCGGUGGUGGCGGCGAAACGGCAGGGGUACUAUGGGAGCUGGGGAAUGGAGGGCGGAGGAGGGCUACAGGCCACGGACCUCCACCGGCGGCUUAUCCAUAAAACGACAUCUAGAAGAACUAAGAGUUCACGAAGAUUUUUGCAGCCCUUAGAGAAUAAAUGUUCAGCGGAAGUUUCUUCUCUCGAUGACGAGAGAUCGAUUCCCUGGACAACAGCAGGCUUCACUUCCGGACAGCCCACCUGUCUUGGGAUCGGCAAAACACGGAGCAAGCGUCAAUCGACGGUCCAUGACAGCAUUACGUGGCCGUAUCUUAUUCAGGACAAGUUUGUGAGUUUGAAGCAGCAAAGCCAUCGACAAGAGAGUUUGAAAGCCUCGUUUAACAAUCUUAGUAGUGAGGCAAGUGUAGUUGAGAAUGUGGAUCAAGAGAACGAGAGGAUGGAGAGAAGAAGGUUACGAAGGUGCAGAGGCUUCCGACAAUUCACGGAUAUGCUCGUUGGAACGUUUCUACUUGGGGUUGUUUUACUCAUCACACCAGGUCUCUGUCAUCAGGAUGCAGUGCAUAUAACAGCUAUUUUGGGUGAAAGCGUAGUCUUCAAUUGUCAUGUUGAGUUCCCCGGUGAGCAUCCAGUGCCCUAUGUUCUUCAAUGGGAGAAGAAGGUAGGCGACACGGGGCAGGAAAUACCAAUAUAUAUUUGGUACGAGUCGUAUCCAACCCACAGUGGAGAGGGCUAUGAAGGACGAGUCUCUAGGGUCAGUCCAAACUCACCUUACGGAUCCGCAAGUCUCAACCUCACCAAUAUACAAGAAAAUGAUCAAGGAUGGUACGAGUGUAAGGUUGUCUUCCUCAAUAGGUCGCCCAACAGUCCCAAAAAUGGAACUUGGUUUCAUUUGGAUGUUCAUGCACCACCAAGAUUCACGAUGACUCCCGAAGAGAUGAUCUACGUUAAUCUAGGCGAUGCAAUUAUAUUAAAUUGCCAAGCAGAGGGCACACCGACACCGGAAAUAGUUUGGUACAAGGACGCCAAUCCAGUAGCGACUUCAAGUACCAUUGGAAUUUUUAAUGAGGGUACAGAGCUACGGAUUGCAUCAAUAAAAAAUGAUGAUAUUGGUGACUAUACGUGUAUCGCUAGAAAUGGAGAGGGCCAAAUUAGUCACUCUGCUCGUGUAGUAAUUGCUGGAGGAGCAAUAAUAAUAGUUCCGCCGACGAAUCAAACGAAGUUGGAAGGAGAAAAAGCGCAGUUUUCUUGCGAAGCAAAAGCUCUCCCGGGGAACGUAACCGUUCGUUGGUUUCGAGAAGGAGCACCUGUUACAGAGGUAUCUGCAUUAGACACUCGAGUAUCUAUCCGCAUGGAUGGAAGUCUAGUCAUCAAUCCAGUGAGUGCCGACGACUCUGGUUUUUACCUCUGCGAGGUAACUAAUGGAAUCGGGGAACCCCAGAGUGCUACCGCCUAUCUUAAUGUUGAAUAUCCUGCAAAGGUGACUUUUACACCUACAAUCCAAUUUUUACCGUUCCGAUUGGCUGGUGUCGUUCAGUGUUAUAUUAAAGCCAACCCUCCUCUACAAUACGUGACAUGGACCAAAGAUAAACGUCUUCUUGAACCUUAUCAGACUAAGGAUAUCGUUAUAAUGAAUAAUGGUUCUCUACUUUUUACUCGCGUUAACGAAAAUCAUCAGGGAAAGUACACAUGUACGCCUUAUAAUGCUCAUGGAACACAAGGUGGAUCAGGACCUAUGGAGGUUUUAGUGAGAAAUCCCCCGGUAUUUACAUUGGAGCCCGAACCGAUGUAUCAAAGGAAAAUCGGUGAAAAUGUUGAAAUGGCUUGUGAUGCUCAAGAAGCUGAAGGAACAGAAAAGCCAACGAUUCAAUGGCAAAGGGCGAAUGGCGCGCCCUUGGAACGCAAUAGAGCAAAAAUGGUGGGUGGUAAUCUGACGAUAGAAGGCUUACGUCGAAAUGAUUUUGGUUAUUAUCAAUGUGUUGCUUCUAAUGAAGUAGCAGUUAUUCUUUCAUCGACUCAAUUAAUCGUGGAAGGAUCUCAGCCACAUGCGCCUUACAAUGUCACUGGUACCGCCUCGCAAUUUUCAGUGACACUUCAUUGGCUUCCAGGUUACUCUGGAGGUCCCGAUUAUAAGCAAGAUUAUACGAUUUGGUAUCGUGAAGCCGGCACAUCAACUUGGAGAACUCCUAUACCAGUUACUCCAUCCGGUAGUACAUCAGUGACGAUCAAUAGUUUAUCACCAGGAACCUUAUAUGAAUUUCAGGUCGUUGGUAAAAAUGCUAUCAGCGACAAUAUGACCAGUAAAAUAACAACAAUAAAAACGCUCGGUAAAAUUAAUUCUUCACCCCGACGGACACGUAAUUACGACGUUGGCAUCUCACCUCCAGCAACUACCCCUAUAAAUACUGGAGGCAUCACAUCCGAUCAAAACGCUGGACCAAGACCUGGGCCUCCAAGAAAUUUAACGGUUACGGAAAUAAGCAAUGGUUUUUUAAUCACUUGGCAGCAGCCUUUGGAGAAAAGUCAUCUUAUCCAGUACUAUGAUAUUAAGUACAAAACUGAUGGACCUUAUAGAACUCUUAAUAAAGGACAAAUUCGACCUGAAGAAACUAGUUAUCUUGUUAAGAAUCUUGUCGGUGGAAGAACAUAUUAUUUUAGAGUAUUUGCACACGCAGCGACGACUCAUAGCUCGAGUGAUGAGGUAAAAUUCCCAGUGCCAGCUCGCGUCAAGCACAAGGCUAUCACUGCCGGAGUUGUAGGUGGUAUACUAUUCUUCAUUGUCGCAAUAAUCCUCAGUAUAUGUGCAGUUAAAAUAUGUAAUAAGCGGAAACGGCGAAAACAAGAAAAAGAACUGAUUUCAGCAUACAAUCUGGUAGCCUGCAGGCCGACAGAUGCUCGCAAUGGGGCUGGCCAAGUGCCCCCGGGAACAGUGCCUUUGAAAAAAUCUAGAAAAAGCCGAGUACCAGGUUUGAAUCUUCUCCGAGAGAUCUUGGCCGCAGACAGCCCGGACACUUAUCGGUGCCGGCCUCUCAGCAAGAUAUCCCGAGCAGCAGACGGCCGUUUUGUAAUCGCAGAUUCCGUGCUCAGUUCAGCAAACAACAGCAUCCUCGAUGCAUCUAGCAGCGACGACGGUGGUUUCCUUCCAAAAUCAAGCCGCCUGAAAUCAUCCUGGCGACUUCCUCUGGUGGGUACCAGCCAAAUGAGCCUGCGCUCCGACGGCAGUGGAGUUUCAGUGAGCAUGCCUCCCUCAGCGUACCUCGGCAUCACCAAUCCGCUGAUGCAGCCAAUGCCAACAAUCUGCGCCAUAUCCCCUGGAUUCUUCGCCAGUUCCCCUAACGCUCCAGUUUCUGUUCCCUGGAGCCCCACAACGACCAUGUACCUCAGCGAUUUGAGCUCAGUCCGACAGCCAUCUUCAGUAGAGCGAUCUUUUCCAACUCCUCCAGUCUACCACCAGCAGCUAAGACACCUCCAUCAACGCUACAGCCAAGAAUUGCCAUCACUGAAAGCAAUCCACGCAGAGUCCCAACGAUUUAUUCCAGUGCAUCCUUUGGCAACUUCAUCUCCGCCUCAAAAUGCUGGUAGACCACGUGCCAGACUGCCCCCUCGUCACGCCAAACACGCGCGAUCUGCUCCAGAAUUAGCAGCGUCUCCAGAUCUCCAUUUGUCAGAAACCUCACCGGAGAGCCGCUCGAGCAGUUCCGGUUUUGGCAGCAAAAAUACUUCGCAACAGAAUCAAAGCUCACGGAGUGGCAGUACUGUUGCUGAAUGGCGACCUCCGCCUUACCGACCGCCACCCCCACCACUGCUGGACCGAUGGCUUAAACUCCAAGACCAGCCGGUUAAAAUUCCUCAUGGUCAUCCGGCGGUAGAUGUUGGUAGUGUGGACGGACACUACGAAUUUGAUCCUGUUUCUUGUACUCCGACGCCAACUUCAGCGUCAACUCCUACAAGGGAAGAACGACCGCCUGUUCAUCACAUUCACAUCCAGCUACCGAUUCACCAGGUUCACACUACCACCACCACCCAUCACCAACCAUCGAGGUACUCUAGAGACAGCAUUGAGGCAAGGGUCCAGGCUAUGAAGGCUGAGUUUCAUCAGUUUAGACAGAGACAGGCCAGAAGGAAACGAAGUGCCCAGUUAGAGAGUGCUUGCUGAUAAAUAAUUAUCUUUUUGCUUUGAUAUUAAGCACUAUUGAUUGUAUUGUUUCGGUUGUUCAAGUAAAAGGUUUUGUUAAUGGUGUGAUUAAAUGAAAAUACUUUAGUGGUCAAAAGGUACUUUAAAUACUUUAAAUGGAAAAUAUUAAUUUUUCGCUACUGUAGAGUUUUAAAUAGGUUGCUAAUAUUGAAAUGCUUCACACACCUAAAGUAUUCACUUUAUUAAGAUAUAUCAUUUAUUUUUAUUGUGAAAUUAUUUAUUUACUUAAUUUUUAAUUGUUUGGUACUAAGUUUGUGUAACUUGAGAUUGAUAAGUAUGAUUCUGUUAAAUUAAUUAAUUUAAUUGUAAUUAUUCACCGUUGUACAAAAACUUUUGGUGAUUGUUUGGAUAUUGACUUUCUUUUUAUUAUAAAUUGUAAAAAUUACUUCUAUUCUUUGAUUUAUUGAUUAAUAAAUAGAUACUUCUAUUCAUACGUAAACAAGUUCUGACAAAUACUCAGUUUUAUAAUACUCAGAUAAAUAAUUAUAGAUAAUGAUAAUGAUCUCAAGAGAUGAAAAUUUUUUAUUUAAUGUUAUUACUUGAAAUGAUGGAAGUAUGGUUGAAAAUUAAUGAAAAUAUAUGUAGGUAGUUUUAUGUCAGAUUAACUUUUGAUUUUUGAGAAGUAAUUGUGAAAUGAAGGUCAAGAAAAUGGAACCUCAUUUCUUAUUAAUAUUUGUGGAUAUUAUCAUGAGAAAAUUCCACUGGUAAAAAUAAAAAAACAUUAUAAGUGCGAAUUAAAAAAAAUAUUUUUUAUCAUAAUUGAUUUGUUACAAGAAUCUUAAAAAUCUGAAAUAUUAUUAGAUUUUAAAAUAAUCGGAAGAACAUCGUGAUUUUAAAAAAGCGAAU